AUGGGCUUGACGUUGUCACUGCGAGCAUACCACCAGUGCUACCCCUGCACGAACUUGAGCCAUAUGCAGGGACCACCACUUGCACUUGUCGAUUCCGCGGGACACAGACACGUUGCAAUUUCUCCGCCUUUGGCCAAGUACGAAUGGGUUGUGCUUCAGUUUGUGAUGCAGGAGCAAGAUCUUCCAGUCUCCAUCGCUUGUAGCGACUCUGAGGCUGCAAGGCUGCGAGAUACUGGACUCACGCUGCGCAGUGCUCACAUUGAGACGGCCCAGGAACAGCGACGGGAAGCUGUCCUUCCUGGGGACCCACCGCCCACGGCACACACACGGCGCAUGGCCAACCCAGGUUCCAGACCCACUUGUGAGUGCCUUCCCGCAGCCAUGUUCGAAAACGAGCAGGGAGUUGCGGAGCCCCUCGGGGGACCGGUGUUCCCCAUUCCCGUUGAGCCGGAAAUGCACAUGCAGGAUGUUUUGGACUCCCUCCUCCCUUUUACCACCGCGGAUGUUGCUGUGCAGCUCAGGCUUCAAGGUCAGGCAGCGCCGUUCCUGCAGGAUCAGUUCGGUGCCGUUGUGCUUCAGCUUCCCUUGGACUUAGAUCAGCUUGAUUGGUUGGUGAUCCGUCCCAGGGGAGGCAGUCCCUUUCUGGCGCAACUAGGGGCCAGCACCACAAGUACCACAACCUUGAUGCGUAUGCGGGAAGACGAGACAUUAAGCUUUGCCCUUGUACAUGGACCCAAAGUGUUGCGCACCUCGCCCUUGGUUGUCCGUAGCUCUAAGCCAGAACUGGCGCUGGCUGUCUUAGUUGGCACCUACGCUAGACAAACCAGGCUUCCAGAUGCCGGUUCGGUGCAGAUGUUGCAGGCCUUUCCCUUGCGUGAAGAAGGCAGGUUUCUCGUGCCCUUCGUUCUCACCUGCGGUUUCGAGGACAUGAUUUCUGUCGUCAUCGACACGACCCUUAACGGUCGUGGAAUGUACUCGAUGGAAGCACCGGCAGGGACAUGGCCAGAGCAGCUGCUCACACCGGCUCAGAAAGAACAGGAGCUAACCUUUCUUGUCAACGGACUGCCGAUGCAUGCCAUGCGGCGGCCCAUUGAAACAGGAGAUUAUCUCCAGCUGGUGCAUAUCAAUGCGUUAGGGCAGCCCACAGUCACCCCGGCUACCUACCUCAUGCACUGUGUACAGUCUCUUCGACUGUGGUCGCUUCCUGUUGCCUUUCCGCCACUUACGCAUGUGAGGGGCCCCCUGGGCACAGCUCUUGCUGAACGCAACAAUCGGGCCUUCAUGCGUUUCUUCGAAGAGCUUGCUACACGCCGGCUCGAGAUUUUUGGCAGAUUUGGAGUGGGGUCCAACUCUCUUUGGCUACUGAGCGCCCGGCAUCCGCCUUUUCAAUUUGCCAUUGAGUCGCCAUAUCGACCGACACUCGAAGAGGCGCAGGAGGUUUUCCGUGCAGCGGGCAUCUUUACUGCAGCAGAUAGGGUCACUGAAGCUGAGAGGGCGAUCAGUAUUGCCGGUACUGCUUUUGUCCGCUUUCGGGAUGAUGACCCCUUCCUUACCAUACUCAUGCCUGCGCCACUCCAGCCGGAGUUCUUUCACACGGCGGCCAUUUCACAGACCCUUCCUCCGCCACUCCGGUUGCUGCCACGUUCACAAUACACUGCGGCGUACGCACCUCUGCCUCUUGCGCAAGGGGUGGCUUACUCUCUGCUUGUACCAUCAGCCACCUCAGCAGACAAGGCGGCGCGCACAAGACCUCGACCCGCAUCACUCUCAGGUAGCUUGAGUCUACUGCAAACGAAGGUCAGGCUGCGCAAGGUCUCGGUUGCCACACCGAUGGGACGACGUCAUUUGCCAGCCGGUGGCGUCGAUAAGAGUGGGUCUUCAGCAGGGAUGACCGCGACAGCGAUGCCUACGGAUCGCGCUCCUCUCAACCUAAGCCACUGUAUCCCUCCCGCCGGUACCGGCCCUGAAUCGGUCGGUGAGGAACGCAGGAGUGCGAGCCUGCGCUUUGGUGCCACCCUCGAAAUGUUCGACUAUAUCUUUGCCUCUUGUGGCGCUGAAGUCUUCCAGCUCGACUGGUGUGCUGUGCCCGGGAUCCCACAAUGUUCGGCUGAUUUCAUAAGGCGGCUUCCCAGGGCUUGCCCAGACAAUGAGGCACUUCAGCUUUUUGUUGAUGGUUCCUAUUACCCGGACACAGGUGCGGGGGCGUCGGCCGGUUGGGCCAUCAUUGCCAUCGGCUUUCAACAUGGCGAAUGGUGCUGGAUUGGAGCCUGCGCUACCGAGGCUCCAGUCGCAGGCUCGAAGUCAACCUUCGACACUGCAGUGGCAUCCUGCUUCGAGGUUGAGCUUUCGGCCAUUGCUCAUGCGCUUGCAGUUGCGAUCGCUUUGCCCAUUCCGGUUCUUAUCGGAUACGAUUCCACCUCAGCAGGCGAUCUCGCCCAAGGUUUAGCCGUGGCUAGCCAACAAACCGCUCUCUCAGAUGCCGUUGUGUCCCUUGCUCACCUUUUGGAUGCCUUGGGGCGAAAACCCCGGUUUCUUCAUAUCCGCUCCCAUACACAGCAUCCUCUGAAUGAGCUUGCCGACCAGACUGCCAAAAUGGCGGCGUGCCGCCAGCUACACAGUGACAUUCCUGGAGUUUUGGCGGAAGCGGCCAGAGAAGGCCCCUCUACCAGUGGGCCGUCGUUGGCACAGGUUUUGGGCGAGCCUCCUCAACCGGGAGAUGGCUUGCUCAACUUCAAGUUGUGUGAAAAGCUGUACUGGGACCCGUCCGGGUUCAGUGUAGUCCUGCGGCGACCCAGGCUUCUGCUGGUUUUCGCAAAAAUAGGCUGCCACCGACUUGCCAUCUUGAAUGCUCACGCGCCGACUUCCCGGGCACCUGCAAGUGAGCGCAAAGAUUGGUGGGCCAGUCUGCAUCAGGCCUUCUCCAUGAUUCCAUGCAACUGUACGCCGAUUGUCCUACUUGAUGCCAACGCGUGCCUAGCCAGCCCACCCGGGAGUGUCUCGGACAAUGCUGAUAUGUUGCGCAGCUUCCUUAACCGGCAUGAGCUCUCCCAUUCGGACUGUUUUGAUAAAGAAGGCAAAGAGGUUGUGACCUGGGUCAGCCCCAUUGGCCAAGGGGUCUGCAUCGAUUAUGUCCUCUUUCCACACCUACUUCGGGCAGGGGUCCUUUCCCUUGGGCCUGCUACCAACUUCGAGGGCUUAGUCGACCAUGAUCACAAGCCUGUCAUCGUUGAAAUGAGCCUGCAGCAACGGGUUUCUAAGACUGAAGCCCAACCCCGUUUGGAUUUGCAAUUCCUUGGCACUGCGCAGGGACGACUUGCCCUCAACCGUUUACUCCAGAACAUGCCAGCUGUGCCUUGGACUGCUGGGGUUGAUGAGCAUCUUGCAGCCAUCAACUCACACCUCACACACGGCUUGACACAGAUCUGCCCAAAGCUCAAGCUAGGAGCCCGAAGGCCUAUCACCUCUGAGGCUACUUGGCUUGGUAUCCAGCAUCGCAGGGAGCUGCGCAGAGAAAGCCAUCGUCAGCGCAUCUUCUCCCAAUUCACUCUGCUCCGCGAUUGCUUUCUGUCUUGGGCCAAAGGACAGCGUGUCAUCACUGCGGACACGCACUUGCACGGCUUGCACCAGGGCCUACUUUGUUUACAAAUCAAUGCUGCCAGCCGGCAAGUGGCCAAGCUUGCCAAACAAGAUGCCGCCCGAGCCACCAAACAGAUCUUCCAGGAGGCGCACAAGCAGGGCCCAGAGAGCCUCUUCCGACUUUUCAAGGGUGUGAUGAAAGCUGGAAGAGGGUAUAAGAAGCCCAAUCUAUCCCCAGCUUUGUUAAUGGCAGACGGAGCUGUGGCGCAGGAUUCACAAGCCGUGCUCGGACAACAUUUCGCUACGGCGGAACGGGCGACACCGGCCAGGGCGGACGACAUCACUACCCAACCGGCCAGAGAGGAAUGCGCUGUCCUCAGUGCGGUUGAUUCCGUAAGCCUUCCACACCUUGCCCAUGCUUUCGGUUCCAUGGCCACUCGCAAAGCAUCUGGGCUCUCCGGAGUCCCUUCCGAGAUUUUCAGGUUUGCACCCGGGCAGGCCGCAGCUGUACACACUCCUUUAAUCCUGAAGAUGCUGAUGCGUGGACAGUCGCCACUGUUGUGGCGAGGAGGGCGAGCUGCCCCCAUCGAGAAACCCGGCAAGAGUUUGACGACUCCAGGGGGAUGGAGGUCGAUCAUGCUCAUGGAGGCCGGAGCAAAGGGCCUAGGUGGUGCGCUUCGUGGUGAGUUGCUCCGAGGUUUUGUCGCCAUCAGACUAGAAGGACAGGGUGGCAGCAGACCCCACGCACCCAUGCAGACAGCCAUGUCCCAGGUCCGAGGUUUCCUUACAGAGCUGCAUUCCAAGCGUCGUUCGGGAGCUGUCGUUUUUGUGGAUGGACAGACGGCCUUUUAUGCUACCAUCAGACAAAGUCUCGUUGGGCGGGACGCGGACUCCACCCUCGACUACCUCAAUCAGCUGGCCUGCACGCUUUUCAAUGAUGAUGAGGCCAGAGAUCGCUUCGUCGCCUCAGCUGUGGCUCCGGGGCUGCUAGCCAGGUGUGAUGUUCAACCAGAAGUGCGGCGUCUCAUUGCAGCCAAUCUGGACAGGACGUGGUUUUGCAUGGGGCGGCAUGGAGAAGAGGCCUUUAUCACCCACACUGGCACUACGCCGGGUGCACCUCUGGCCGAUUUGACCUUUCAAUACAUCUUUUCCACUGCACUCAGACAAUUCCGAACAAAAUUCAUCGAGUCGGGAUGCGGUGCCCAGCGAGACAUUCAGGUCCCGGCACCGACCUGGAUGGACGAUUUGGCGGUGCCCUUCGCUACCGAAACCCCAGCAGAGGUCAUACCUACGGCGUCAUGUAUCCUUCGCGAGGUCGCCACAGCCUUUGGUGAUAUAGGCAUUGCGAUUAACUGGAGCCAAGGCAAAUCAGAAUUGCUGCCCAUUUUCUAUGGAUCCGGCGCCAAGUUACAUCGCACACGUUGGUGCGCCACCGAGGGAGCCACCUUUCCCGUCACCCUUCCAGAUGGCACCGACACCUCUGCGCAUAUAACCCCCGCGUAUGUCCAUCUCGGGUCUCUCGCUGACAUAAAGGGUGGUGAUACGGAAGAUAUUCGGCGGCGGCGCACUCUCGCUCGAGAGCUUCAAAAGCCGCUCAUGAAGCUUUUGUGCAACCCUUUUCUUGAAGGGCGAGAGAAGACAGACCUUCUUUUGUCCAUGCCGGUUGCGCGGUUCAAGCAUGGUGCGGGGCUAUGGCGACUGGAGACAAAGAAGGAAAGAGAGGCCUUCCAUUCCGGGUACAUGGAGCUACUACGCAGGGCAUUCCGCCCUAUUGUGGGUUGCUCAUCUCGGGGCCUACACGAUGAUGAGAUCUGCGAUGGCUUGGGUGUUCUUAGUUCCGAGGAGCUCAGAGCCAUCGAGAUCCUGCGCCAUGCGGCGUGGCUUUGGAAUGCUGAUUCUGAGUCCAUCCGUGCCCUUUGGUUUCAGGAUGGAGCCAGUCUGAUCCCCUCCUGGAGGGCUCUUGAUUCAGCUCGUCAGCACGGACAUUCCGCACUGCCGCAGCAGCAGCUGCACAUGCGAGCAAGACACAUGGCGAUCUUGCCAAGGAAGGCGCCCGAUUGCCUUCAUGUUCUCGAUGCUGCCGACAUCGAGGCCACCGAACAUGAACUGCCUGAUUUCGUCCGGCGCCUUGUCGAGCUGGGGCACGCACACCACCUGCGCGAUGAAGAUCUCCCCUUGUCGAGCUCUGCGCGAAGCGCGAGCUGGACAGUUUUUGAUAACUGGGCCACCGGCCGGCGCGUGCAAGCGGAGCAGGCGAAGCAUCGUGAGCUCCUGGCCGAGACCGGCCUUGCCGAAGAGAGACAGAGGCUGCGGCGGAGGCUGGAUAUGCAGAAGGCGAUUUUAGCGCGUGAGACGCACAAGAAUAGUGUGGAAGUGUGGUACCGAAACAGGGUCGACGAGGACCGAGAUGGACCGGCUAUCCCUGGAGAUUCGUGUCCAGCCGCUCCCGCCAAGAACGAUGUCUAUGUGCCUCAUGCUGCAUGUGAGGAAAGUAUGAGUUUCGGGCACCAGCUUGCGAGGGGCGAGUAUGUGUGGACACUUCAUCAGUUUUCCUGGCUGCCAACGGUGCUUCAGCAGCGUGAGCUAGGAUACUUGGAGUCAUCUCACUUCCAGGUGGGCAAGUUCACCUUCGAGUUUGUCUACAAUCCUCAUGGAGGUGCUCUCACACCCUCCAUGACAGGUCAGUGCGGCUCCCUUGCCAUAGCACCAUACGAGUCCUCGGAGAUAGCAUUGCGGUGGGGCAUCUACAUCAAGAAGUGCGGAGGAGACUUCGUGCAAUGGGGAAAAACGUGUUUUGAAGUCCAUGACGGUUCCGAGACGGCGUACGGCCCUGAUGUUCACGAAGCUUCAAAGGCACCGGCUAAAGUGGGCAUCUUCGGCCUAACGCACGAAAAGCUCCUGGAGUCGCCUUGGGUUGAGAAUGACACGUUGACGGUGAAGUUUGUUUUGGAAGUUCGUCCAGACGAGCACUUCAUGUCCCAGCUGCUCCGUCCGACCGUCGAGGUUCCCGGUCCCACUUUGAGUCGCGACAUGCAAGCCUUGUUUGAGGACGGCAUCUGCAGCGACGUGCAGUUCAAGGUGCAGGAUGAGAUGAUCCCGGCGCACUCACAUGUUCUCUUCGCCAGAUCGGAAGUAUUCAGGAAGGAGCUCACCGGCGGCAUGCAGGAAUCUGCAUCGAAAGUGGUCUGGAUUGAGGAUUGCGAUGUGGCUACCUUCAAGGCUUUCCUGCGGUUCAUUUAUACCGACUGCCUCCCCAGCGUCGCAGAGCUCUCUGGCGGAUCGGGUGAGGCGAAAGCUUCCGAGCCGGACUUGUCGAGGGUGCAGGCGUUGCUGGCCGUCAGUCACAAAUAUCAGACGACGAGGCUUCAGCUGUGGUGCGAGAAUCAGCUUUGUCAGGGGCUCAAGAUUGCGGAGGUCUGCAGCAUCCUCGAGCAAGCGAAUCUGCUCGACGCGCAGCAGCUUGUAAAGGCUUGCCUCUCCUUCAUCAAGGACCAUCUUACCGAGGUCUUUAAGCUCCCGGAUUACAUCGAGCUGGCGAAGAGGUGGCCGGACGUGGGGAUGAAGAUUAGCCUCGUCUCUGCCGGAGUACCCGAAGCCAAGGCGGAUGAAGUGGUACAGGCAUCCAAGAAACGGAGGCUCGAGGAUGGCGCACUUCGUGCUCAGACAGGCACGAAAGCCCGUUCCCAGGGGAAGCCGACGCGUCGACGUCCCUGCCGAGUUCUUCGGAUGGACAGGAGGCCCCGAGUUUCCCAUGCUUUGCGGUGCCGGGCUUGGGGUUUUGGUUAA